UAUAUUAAAUUUAUGAGAUACCUGCUGGCUUUCACUAGGAUCAGCUUUCACUAGAAUCAGUUGGUUCUUUAUUUGUCUUUAUUCUCAAUCCACGUUAUUAUUCACUCGGGCAUGCCUUGGGUGCCACCCAACCUUCAUUUUGCUGAAACCCAUAGUAAUGUCUGAAGCGAUUUUUACGCACCUAAUUAAAUUUAUGAGAUAAUUUUCAACUCCCACAAGCAUAAUCAAUUAAUAUUUUUCGAAUUUAUUCUCAAUCACACGUUAUUAAUUAGUAGGCCACGCCUUAGGGGCCACCCAACCUUCAUUUCGCUGAAACCUAUUGGAGUUUAUAAGAGGAUUCAUACAUAAUCUGAAAUCAAAGAUUGGAAGUUCAACACAUCAACCAACAAAGGCUCAUAUAAUAGAAGAAGCGAAAGAUGGCAGAAGAAGUGAGCAACAGACAGGUCAUUCUAAAACACUAUGUCACUGGUUACGUUAAGGAGUCGGACAUGGAAUUCAAGAAUAGCACCAUUAAACUGAAUGUUCCAGAAGGCUCUAAUGCUGUGGUUUUGAAGAAUCUUUACUUGUCCUGUGACCCUUAUAUGCGUUGCCGCAUGAGGAAAACUGAGGAAAGCUAUAUUGAGUCCUUCACUCCUGGCUCUUCUAUCACGGGAUAUGGAGUGGCUAAAGUUUUGGAGUCUGGUGAUUCGAACUUCCACAAAGGUGACUUAGUUGCGGGAAGGACUAGAUGGGAGGAGUAUAGUAUUGUAACAGAUCCUCAAACUUUGUUUAAAAUUCACGACAAGGAUGUGCCUCUUUCCUACUAUACAGGAAUCCUUGGGUUGCCUGGGCUGACUGCUUAUGCUGGUUUUUACGAGGUUUGCUCCCCCAAGAAGGGAGAGACUGUUUUUGUUUCAGCUGCUUCUGGAGCAGUUGGUCAGCUUGUUGGGCAAUUUGCGAAGAUGUUUGGUUGCUAUGUUGUUGGUAGUGCUGGAAGCAAAGAAAAGGUUGAUCGGUUGAAGGGCACAUUUGGUUUUGAUGAAGCUUUUAACUACAAAGAGGAGCAGGAUUUAGAUGCAGCUUUGAAGAGGUACUUCCCUGAUGGAAUUGACAUCUACUUCGAGAAUGUUGGAGGGAAGAUGCUUGAUGCAGUUCUUCUGAAUAUGAAAGUCCAUGGUCGUAUUGCUGUGUGUGGGAUGAUCUCGCAAUACAACCUUGAGCAGACUGAAGGAGUGCACAACUUGAUCUGCCUCAUCACAAAACGAAUCCGCAUGGAAGGAUUUCUUGUUUUUGAUUACUAUCAUCUUUACCCUAAAUAUUUGGAAAUGAUCAUUCCACAGAUAAAGGCCGGUGAGGUUGUGUAUGUGGAAGACGUAGCUGAAGGCCUCGAAAGUGCUCCCAAUGCUCUAGUUGGUCUCUUCUCUGGUCGCAAUAUUGGAAAGCAAGUUGUGAUGGUUUCGCGUGAAUGAAUGUCAGUAACUAUUUAGAUGAUGGUUGAUGUGCCAGCUCUUGUAAACAAACUCAGUUGCAGAUUUAGCUGAGAUAUUUGUGUUUGAUUAGGGAACGUCUUAAUUUAUGAUUUUGCUAAAUGCAUAUGUUGUCUGUUUCAAGUAA